AUGAUGUUCAGACUUGUGCACCUGAGGAUAACGUGGAUGGACAACCAAUUGUUCCAUGUGGUCUUGGAGUUUGUUGAAUUUUCAAGAAACAGCCAAAAACUUCAUGUGAAUAAGAAAGACAUCUCAUGGAAGAGUGAUAGAGACAGUAAGUUUGGGAAAAAUGUCCGAAUACUCUUUGUCCCUUUUGAGUCAAUCAUACAUGUUCAAGCUCUUAAGAUGAUUUGCUUUGUUUGUUUAUUCACAAAGUUUCUCUCUAUCUCUUUUCUUUCUGAGUACUCUCUCUCAAUAAUGGAUGAGUUUUAA